AUGUCAAAAUUUUACGAUGCUGAAUAUUUGUGUAAAGAUGAAGAAUUCAACAACUUUAUGAUAAAAGUUAACGAAGUAAACAGAAUAGUAAAGAAAUUAGCAUCUAACGAUAAAGCUAUAUCCGAAAUGGGUGAUUUAGAAGCGAAAAGAUAUUUGAAUGAAGAUAAAGAAACGGAAAUACAAGAAGUAGAGGACGUGGUACUUAAAAUAAAAUGUAAUAGAACUGUUGUAAACAAAAAAGGUUUAGAAAAUGAACAAAAAGAUCAAAGUACAAUGUCAAAAGAAGCUUUUAUGAGAGAAGUGGAAAAAGAUGCCGAUAAGAGGUAUAAAGAUAAAUUAGUAAGAACAGAAAAAAUGGAAACUUUUAAAAAGCGAGCUAAUAAUGCUUUUAGAAGAGGCGAAUUUGAAAAGGCUUUAACGCUUUAUACUAAAGCUAUAGAACAAAUCAAAGAUAGUGUAAUGUUGUAUAACAAUCGAUCUUUAACAUAUAUUAAUUUAAAAUUAUAUGAUAAAGCUGAGAAAGAUUUGGAUUUGGCUUUGAGAUUAAACGAGGACUGUCUAAAAUCAUGGUUAUUGUUGGCAAAAGUUCAUUUUUUGCAACAAAAUGAAGAGAAAUACGAUAAAGAUAUUAAAGAGGCUAUAGAGAGGAAUCCGAAACAAGAAUAUUUUAUUAAAGAUUAUAUAAUGAGUUUGGAGAAGAAUAUAGACAGUGAAUGUUCAUUAUAA